GCUGACCCCAGCCUCCAUCUCUUUUAUCUCCGUUCUUCUGUGUCUCUACUGGUGACCAGCCCACAUGCCGCAGCGCAUAUGACAUUUUCCAAAGACUUCCAACUAGCAAAGCAUCUCAUGCCUUGCGCAAUGGAGGCUUUUAUUUAUGAAUCCAGAACCGAAGCGUCUGUCAAUAAGAGCUGUGAGAAGUCAGACCCUUUUGAAGGGUUCCUUGAUUUACUUCUAGAUGGAGUGAUAUAUGCAACCAUCGCCCUAGUCUUGGGUAUAGGGUUGGUGGUGAUGAUUGGAAAGAUAAGAUGGGUGAAUUUUCCUCGUCGUCGGCAUGUUACCGUGAUUGAGACACCGGUUGAUCCAAGGACUUUCAACAGCAGCGACGUAGGCAAAGGCCAAGGAGAAAUCAUGACCAACCCUAUCCGGAGUGCGAAAGAGGCGUCUUUGAGGGAAACGCCCUCGCUAGGAACAAGUGCGAUUAAGCCCUCCUCGACCCCGGUGAGAUUCAAUGCAACAGAACCCCUUCUCACAGAACCCUCCCAUGUAAGGUCUCUUUCUGGCAACUCACCUCCAGCAGUGGCGCCGAGAAUGCCAUCAACCACCACGGCCCUGACCUCGACUCCGACCCCAACACCAAGGGAACCGCAGAGACCACUCAAAGUUAUAUUGACGCCGAAAUUCCCAGAGAAUAUCAGCACUGAAGCAGAGAUUAAUCCCAAUGCUGUAUUCGAAUCAGAAGACAAGAACAUCUUGAAGGAGUUCGUGCGUAUUCUCCACGACUACAAAGAAGAUCUUUUCGAUAAUCAUCACUUUGAUUUGCCGCACAUUGUGCCAAUCCUCGUUUCUGUAUCUUCGACGCAGACCAGCAGUCAAAUUAAAACUCUCGCUAGCAAGCUAGAGUUGGUAGGAAAGACUCCGACUCGCAUCCGCAUCGAUGGUCUCGAUGAUUGGGGACAGAUGCGCCGUUUCCACAAGAUCAUGUCCAAAAAUAAGCACAUUUUCACCCCGCUUCAUCUAUGCUAUCACAAGAAGGAAGUUCUUCCCGCCGCACUUGGAAUUACCUGCGUGAUCCGCGAUCCAGCCCUGGACCGAACCCUCUGCGGCAGUCUUGUUAUCGUACAGACACCCAGUCUAGGACAGAGGACAUCUACAAUAGGCGGUCUUCUUUCGAUCAGAGGUAGCUUCUACGCUCUUACGACAAGCCAUAUGCCACAUAACGACGACGAGCCCUCCGAGGAUUCUGCCGAUGACGAGGGAAACUCGGAAGCGAGGUCAGUCGUCAUCUACAACGUUGACACUGAUAGUGAGGACUCCGAUUCGUUGACUCCCUCCGGAUCGGACGAUGGUGCGAGUGAGGAGUGCGAGAACAUGAGACAGCUCCAAGAGACUGUGUUGUUGGAUGAUAGUACUAGCAAUGUCAUACCAAGAAACACAGAAGAGGUUGAAAUAAUGGCCUCGGGUGAUGUGGAUGCAUCUAUCACGACAGAAGCUGAGCCGCAUUCAGACGAGAUAGGCGCAGCGGUCUCGGGGCAGAUCACGCCAGAAGACUUGGCUGAGAAAGAAGGAUAUCUCACAAGUCAGUUUCAGGAAGACGAUUUACGAAGCGGUGACGACUGGCUCCUCGUGCCUGUUGAAAACGACCUUCUGCUCCCAAACAGAAUCCCAGAAGGCAUGGAGAAGCCAAUCCAGUGGCAAAAUCCUUUCAUCGAAGGCGUCUGCUCUGAUUUGGACAAGGAAUUUGGGCAUCGCGAUAUGUCACCGUCAGCACAGGCGGUAUGGACAAUUUCGGGUAGGAGCGGCCUGUUGCGCGGCCGUCUUUGUCCAGACUCAACUUUCAUGAUCUCCAGGGGAGGUAAGAAAGUUCAGGAAGUCUGGAUUGUUGAACUAGAUGAUCCCAGUCAAGACUUUCAAGCGGGAGACUCAGGAUCCUGGGUAGUUGAUACCAGACUUAGACGCGUACUAGGCAUCUUGGUGGCCCGGUCGAGCGGAGUCGGAUACAUCGUCUCGUUCGCCAAGGUUCGACAGAACAUCGCGUCCACGCUGAGAAUCAAAGAGAAGUCGGUGAAGUUAGCUUCCAGAAUGGAUCCCCUGAUACGCGGCCGAGGCGGUGGAGAGGUCCUCCGAUCCUUGUCUCCAAUUAGAACACGCUCAAGACAGGAGCCAAUUCCGCUAUUCUGGAGACUUUGGGGUUUGAUACUCCCGGACAGCGUGAUAGACGUUGUGAGAUAUCCAGAGGAUCUCGGUAUCCAUAUAUCGGUGAUCGUCGUAUUCGGCGCGAUAAUCUACAUGUUUCUUAUGUGGCAAUUCCAAUCCGCAUGGUACCGCAUGACAAUGGCACAGCAUGCGCUUUUACCAUCAUGGUUCGCUCUGUUUCUCUGGGUUCUCGCAGAGGUAGAUAUGCUUGGUAGGCCCAGAGACUUCAACCCAGACCGAAGGUUAGCCGCUCGAAGGCUGUAUUACUCUUGGCUCCGAGUCGUGUUUUGGUCAGGCGUGCUGGGUGCCCUCGGGAUCUAUUCUGCGCGACGCCAAAGGAUCAGUCCUUUCACCUUGCUGUUCAACAUCACAAGAUGGAUGGAUAAAUUUCAGCAGAAAUGGGGAGAAAUGCGACGGGCGGCACAGGAAGCCGAGAGAAAAGACCGCGAUCCCGUGGCAGAAGGUUUGCGGAAUUUGGGAAUGGCUUGGAACAACUAUGUUGGAAACUCAAACGGUACCGGGGGACGGUUUUCGAUGCGCAAAUGGCUCAUGAGUUGAAUGUGCCGGUGGCAGAUAGGGGAUAUUACAUUAUGAGAAUUUGAUACAAGAGAUCUCGAAUUUGAGAGAGCAAAGCCUGAGAAGCACAGGUACCUCAAACUAGAUGAAUGUUCAUGCCACUCGCAUCUCGCGUGUUUUGGUCAGCCCUGAACCUACUCAAGGCUAAGUUAGUGGAAAGAUUGUGGAACACGUGAGAAUAAUGAGUAUUUGCGAAGGAUUCCUGGUAGUUGGAAAUCUUUAGAAUUUUCAAUCCCACGCUCCGCCCGAUCUUCACAAUCAUAUUUCCCACCCGGAAAGAGCUGAC